CGGCUCCUCCCCUUCAGUCUUGCACAGGUGUACAGGCUCCUCCCCUUUAGUCUUGCACAGGUGUACAGGCUCCUCCCCUUUAGUCUUGCACAGGUGUACCGGCUCCUCCCCUUUAGUCUUGCACAGUGUACCGGCUCCUCCCCUUUAGUCUUGCACAGGUGUACCGGCUCCUUCCCUUCAGUCUUGCACCGGUGUACCGGCUCCUUCCCUUCAGUAUUACACAGUUGUACCGGCUCCUCCCUUUCAGUCUUGCACAGGUGUUCCGCUCCUCCCCUUCAGUCUUGCACAGGUGUAUCGGCUCCUCCCCUUUUGCACAGGUGU